GUUUAGUUUUAAACAAUCCUGAUUCAAUAUCUUGAUGAUCAUUAUGGCUGAAGCUAACUUUUCUUCCACAAAAGUCCAUGAAAGUGGAAGCUUUACUAGUUCAGUGAAAGUACAUAUUAAUCCUCACUUCAUGGCUGCUUCUGCUUCACAAAUCCCAUCCAUGCUUCAUUUUGCUGCUGAAUCUGACUGCGCUCUUAGCAAUAAACCUGCUGAAAACCAAAAACCUCUGAUCCUGCAGAACAGUGCUGCACUAGAAACUGGCACAAAUGUUGUUGAACAAUCUGGUUCAACGUCCAUGACCAAUUACUCUGAAACUCAUAUGAAUCAUGUUGGAUAUAUCCCAGUAAAUGGUGCUCCUCCCAAGACCCACAAUGCAGUGGCUACUUCCUUCACUGCUGGGAUGUGUGCUGAGAACGCCAAUGCUGUGUUAGGUAACCCUUACACAUAUUACGAUAGCACUCAGUGCCAAUAUGCUGAUAAAAAAGAUCCAUUUGGUCCUAGACUUGCAAUUUCAACCUCACCUUUGGUUUACUGCUCCAAAUCACUUGAGAAAUAUCCACAAAUUGUGCUUCCAAAUGCAAGACCAAUAGAAAAUUUAGGUGCCUGGGCUUUGAGUUCUCAGGAUCUUCAUACUUCCACUGAAUUUAAACAUUCCUCAACUAUAAAAGACGUUUCUAUGAACAAAAAGGGAGGUUCAUUCUAUGUAAACCCAAAUUUUGUCCCCAAGGCACAUAACUCAGCAAAUGACACAAGAAAUGACUCAACUCUUAAAUCAAGUAAUGAGACAGUCAUAAAUGUUGACAAGUCUCUUCCUGUGGUUGUAACACAACAAGGUGCUGGUAUUGCUCAUCCUUUCAGCAAACACCAUCUUCAUGAUUCAAUCAAUUCAUGUGCUUCAUUAGGAGAUGGAAUUAUGCCUAUGAAAAGUUGCACUCAACGGAAAAGAAAAGUUUUGGUAAACCCAAAGUUUUAUGAUGCUAAGAAAUUAAAACAGCCUGUCAAAGAAGUGACUAAUUUAAAUAUGCCUCCUCAACUUAAAUCUUGGGAUGAGGACAAUGGUAUGAAAGUUGUGAAUUGCACAGAAAAUACUUUUUCCACUGUCAGUAAAAUUGGUUCCUCACCUGCUUCAAAGAAUGACUGCCAAAUAACAACUGACAGAACUGUGAUGGAAUCCAAUAUGACCCGGGAAAAUGCUUCAAUUCUGAAGCCUAAAAAUACCUCAAGAAAUGAUGGCCCUGCAGCUCAAUUUUUUGUAAAUACCAAGAACAAACUUGUCAGAAAUGCUCACAGCGUGUCAGCUACACAUUUUGGUUCCAGUUCUACUUCAAGUGCUUCAGUCCAAAUUUCUUGCAAUAAGAAGAAAGAUACAUACUCAUUAAUUGACAAAGCAAAGCUGUUUAGUGUGUCAAGAACUAAACUUACCCAAAAAAACUUGGCUUCAGGAGCAGUUUCUCAAUCAUCCUCAAGAACUUAUCAGAGCUCUUCAUCAUCGAAUGAAUUAAACUGCUGCAAAAAAAUGUUUCCAGGAGUGGCUCCAGAACUCAGCCUAUCUACGGUCCCUAACUCCAUGAUCAAUCUCAGAUCCAAGUACAAGCUUAUACGCAAAUCCGUGGUUGCCCCUCGCAAUGUUCCUCAACAUUUCUGCAGGGUCAAUAGCUCAUUUCAUCAUGGGGAUUAUUCGUUGAACUGUGCUCGAAAAUUAGUAAGACGGAGCAUCGAUGUUGGCGUUAGAAAAUAUGGAAACGGCAGCAGAUAUCAAGGGAGCUUAACACAAAAUCCACACCGAUAUUUACCUGUUGACAAAUCAAAAAAUAUGAGCAAGAAAAGCGAUCGUUUCAUUAGAAUUGGAGAGUCCAUGUACAAGUCGACAUCCACAUCGUUGAAGAAACAAGUGGUCAAUAUAAAUCACAGUGCUGCAGGUAAAACUGGAGUAGUGAAGACAUUACAAGCCUCUAAAAGUGACUCCAGUCGUCCCAACUUGCCCCAGCUACCUGGUGCAGGGCAGCCAGCAUGCAGAUCUUAUCUCAACAACAGAUUUGGCCAAUCUGCUUAUACUGUUGUCAAUGCCAGCAGAUAUUUGAACAGGUCCUUUUAUUCUAUGAGACGACCUUUCAAUCCCUCUAUUGCUAAUAGGAAUGCACUGAAGAAAACCAAUUUCAUACCAAAAACUAGAAACAAUGUUUUGGGAACAGACCAAUUCAGAAGAUCAUCAGCGCAGCGUUCCUUGACAAGCGAGGACAAGCAGGAGCAGGCGCUGGCCGCGCACGCCCUCAAGGCGCUGGCUCUGCAGCGUCACAUCACGGCGGCCAAACGACGCAGCGUCCUUGUACUGCGACGUCGAGUUCUUGCAUUGAGUUCUUCAUCUCCUUUGCAAGCAAAGAGAACAGAAGCUUCUUGUACUAAUUUAGAUACCACUGUAACGCCUUCCAAUCCUAGUUCAAGCUCUACAUCCUCAACAUCCUCGAGUGGCAGCAAGAAGUCACCAGGAGCCGUGACAUACUGCCGCUACUACCAUCGCUAUGGCCGGUGUUUCCGUGACAAGGCCUGUCCCUACGCACACAAUCCGAGCAGAGUCGCUAUAUGCACGCGGUACGUGUGCAAGCUACAGCACCUGCUGGAGUGCGCUGAGUACAAAGCUACGGGCCGCUGCCCGCGGGUCGCCUGCCCCUUGCCGCACCCCAAACACCGACGCCCCAACACAGGCCCCAACACAGGGCGUGUACGACCGCCCGUCAACCGCCGCCGACGGCUCUCAAGUACGGCCAGUACGGACGACCGACGGUACGUUUUGGGAGCCGUGGGUUCCUCUCAAACUUCCCCUAAUGACUCCAAGAUGAAGAAGAAAAAGAAGAAAGGAGCUGUUAAGACCACUGAACACUCGAGGUACUUCAACAGCGAUCGCAUAGCAAGUGACGUAGCUGCGAAAUCUUUGUCUCAGAUUCCAGGAGAGGUUGACAGUUUGUUGGACAAAAAACUUCGCGUAAUGAAACUCGUCGAGAAGAUGCAGUCGCGUACCCAGGAAAUGCGUGCAAGUUCUGGUAACUCGUCCGCUACGACGAGCGGCGUUACCGUGAGUACCGAAGCUCUCAACGCAGGAGAGGGUGGUGUCUAA